AUGACUGAGGCAAAUAAUGGUAAAACGAUACUGAUUGAAACAAGUGUUGGAAUACUGCUUAGAAACAACGACAAGUUCGUAGGAGCACAGAGAUUUGAAAGCAUAGAAGAGGCGUAUGAACUGUAUAAGAACCAAAAGAUGAGUGAAUCCGUAUCAGAGUUCAUCAAAUCUCAGAAGUGCAAAAUUUUUACGAAAUUCAAACCAGUCUAUUUGAAUGAUAUGGAUCAUCUAAUUGCAGACAAAGCCGUUGAUACAAAAGUAACUGACAUUGAGAUAGCAGAGGCACUUGAAAUGACCACGGAAGAAGUGUUGCAUAUGACUCAGAUACUGGCACAUAAAAUGAGUGGGGUAACCAAAAGACCAGAUGUUGUAGAGCUCUAUAAAUUGGUGGAAACAUUUGACAAGGACAUCAACAAGAGAACUAUGCGUAUCAAGGAGUGGUAUGCACUACACUUUCCAGAAUUGACGACAGAUGAUUGCACGGAGUACUUGAUGUGUCUGCUCAAAAUCAGAAACAGGGAGGAAUUUGUGAAGAAUAAUACGGGAGAACCAGAAUUGGUAAAUUUGGCUAAAAAUAGCAUGGGAAGACCAUUUGGAGCAGAAGAGAUCGAACACAUCGUGUUCGAUACAGAAAACAUCCUGAAGGACAUUCAGAACAGAAAGGACGUCUACGACUUGCUGAAUGAGACAGUCAAAAAUGACUAUCCUAAUUUGUACGAAUUAAUGGGACAGACAAACAACGAUCUGCUGACACUUUGCAGAUUGUUCAGCAUAUCCAACAGCACUCUUCACAAGAUGACUGGGCCUGCGAUUCAGGUGCUUGGAUCCAAAAAGGAUAAGUCCAAAUACGGUGCAAUCUUCAACACGUCCUAUCUGGCACGAUCCAAAGUAGACCAGGGUAAAAUAAGCAGAAUGUUGGGCAAUAAAAUAUCACUGUGUGCGAAGAUAGAUGAGGAAAAGAUGGAGAAUGGAAAAUACGGCAGUAGUUUCAGAGAGGCGAUAAAUGCCAAGAUAGACGAGUUGAAUGGAUUGAAGCAGAGCAAGAAGAAGAUUUCUGUAAGUGAGUUCACCAAGAAGGUCUACAAAAAGUCACCAGUUGAGUUCGUAAAGAAAUAA